AUGAACAUAUCGAACAAUCAACCUGAAACAACAUCCGAACAGUAUCAUCCCAACUUUGAACGAACAUAUACAUUACCGAUGAUAAUUGAUUUAUUUCUGAAUAUGGAAAAUGUGGACAGUGAAUUAUUAAAACACGAUUGGAUUCAAAGAUGCAAAACAUUAUACAAUGGUAUUAAAGAAAAGAUGAAAACUUUAUUAGAAUUUGAAGAAACCCUAUUACCCCAUCGUGCAUCAUCAAGAGAUGUUCAUCGUCAUGUUAAUACUGCUCCGGUUCGUCUUCGUCGUGCUCAAAAUGAUGACCAUGGAAGACAUGAAUAUGGUCAUGUUGCUAUAGCAACAAUACUUUAUAUGAAAGAUUUAGCUUCAAUAUUUGACAAUGAUUGUGUUUUUUAUUUAUCUCAAGAUGAUAGGUGUAAAGUUUCAUUAGGUAUAUUUGCGGCUAAAAUUCAAGCAUCAAUGUUAAUGCAUAUGAAUUACCGAAUACGUUUACCAGGUCAAGUUUGGAUAGUUGUACCUCGACAUCAAUUAAUACCAAAUGUAUAUGCAGCAUAUUUUGAUCGUCUUGUUAGUUUAAAAGAAUUUGAAAAUGUAGCACGUGAUGGAACUGGACAAGUUAAACCAAUUGUUAUUAUUAUUAUUGAUGGUGGUCCCGAUGAAAAUCCAUGUUUUUCAAAAACACUUGUUGCAAGUGUUAAAAAAUUUAAGAAAUAUAGUUUAGAUGCACUUUUUAGUCUUAUACAUGCAUAA